UGUUUUAUUCAAUUUCAAAGAAAUAAAUUGUGACAUUUUGUUUAAAACGAAAGGAAAAGCGAUUCUGAAACAUUUAAAUUUAUCUUUGCAUACUAACUUCUUUCAAAUAUAUUUUCAUCAUGUACAACCUAUCUUCCCGGUAUCUAAAUUAUAUGGGUUUAUCGUUAUCAGUCGGUUAUGUCCUAUACCGUUUACAAUGUCAUUUUUUCGAGAAGAAGAGACGAAAUACUUUGAAUGGAAAGGUUGUGGUAGUUACUGGGGCUAGUUCUGGAAUUGGUGAGGCAUUGGCUCAUGUCUUACAUGAGAAUGGCUGUAAAGUAGUUCUUGCUGCUAGAAGAAUAGGUGAACUGGAAAGAGUAAAACAAGAUUUGAUUUCAAAAAACCAGACAAAAUCUACUUACGAACCAUAUGUAUUAGAAUUGGAUUUGGAGAAAUUGGAACAAUUGGAACCAUUUGUGAAUAAAGUUUAUGACCAGUUUGGUCAUAUUGAUAUAUUAAUUAAUAAUGGUGGUGUUUCCCACCGUGGAUCAAUAUUGCAAACAUCAUUAGAUGUUGACAAAAAAAUUAUGUAUAUAAACUAUUUUGGUUCUGUUGGACUGACUAAAGCUGUAUUGCCGAAGAUGGUUGAGAGAAAAAGUGGACAAAUUGUAUUUAUAAGUUCUGUACAAGGUCUAAUAGCAAUACCAAACCGCUCAGCAUAUGGUGCCACUAAACAUGCUCUCCAAGCUUUUGCAGAUUGUUUGCGAGCUGAAAUGGCCCAACAUAACAUAAAUGUAUCAGUUGUCAGUCCUGGUUAUGUCAAAACUGCUGUUUCUUUGAAUGCUUUGACUGGCAGUGGAGUAAGCCAUGGAGUAAUGGAUAAAUCUACAGAAACUGGAUUCUCUGCUGAUCAUGUGGCCCAAGAAAUUGUCACAAUGAUGGUCAACAAACAGAAUGAGUUAAUAAUAAGCCAAUUUUUACCCAACUUGGCUAUAUUUUUACGCCACAAGGUGCCAUCACUGUACCAUUACAUUAUGGCAAAGAGAGCAAACAAAACAUUGUAAAACUCCUCAUUUUAUCAUACUACGUCAUGACUAGAGACCGGAUUAUAAUAUAUGCAACUUAAAAUGCUUGUUAUAUGCAUGAAAAAUGCUUAAAAAAUAUGCACGAAAAUUAGUAGAAUAUGCAACAAUAUUAAUAGCAAAUUUUAGGAAUAUCCAAAAAAGAAAAAGUAAGUUAGUAUUCAUUUUUUUAAUAACACGACAGUAUAAAACAUUUCCGUCGUAUUAUAUGUAAAUGUUCCAAAAAAGUCAGUUAUCCACGAAGACACCCUUUUUUCAGUAGGAUUUUUAUAUAUUGUGUGAAAUUUGGUAUGUACCAUACAUACCAAAUUUCACACAUAUAAAAAACUAAACUGCAGAUCAAUGACCAUGCAUACGUUAUUUGUUUAACCUUGAUGAACCAAUAACAAAUUAAUUAUAUGCGUACUUAUAGGUGGAACAACUUUGUUGUAGGUAAGUGCGUAUCGUAACUGUCAAAACAAAAGACGCGCACAGCUACUGACUGCAUUUGAAGUGCAGUAAAAAGUCACAGUUAUGGUUAUUGGUCGCAUUUCGAAACGCAGGGUGAGUGAAAAAGUUGUGAAUGUAUCAUAUUAUCGAAUCAUAACUAGAUCUUAGGUAAAAUAUGCUUUUACCGCUGAGAAUGGCUAAAAUAUGCAAAUGCAUACAAUUCGGUCUUUGGUCAUGACAAACUUUAUUUUAUUUUGUUCCUUAAUGUGUAAAUGCUUAUUGAUUCUUUUGUAAUUUCAUAUGUACCUCUAAAAGCUGUAAUAUAAAAAAACAUUACCAUCUAUGAAAUAUAAUUUAAUAUUAAAUUAUAUUUCAUAGAUGCAAAAUUGCAUAUUUCUUUUGGAUUGUGAUUUGUGAUA